AUGAUUGACAAUAUGUCAACAUUGUAUCCCAUGUUCUCAUUUGGUGGACUUUACUCUUGUUUCUUUCAUCUUUUUAUCUUUGUCAUGGUGUUGAGUGCACCAGUGGUAACAACACCUACAGCUUCUAAACUGAUGAAAGUGGAAAGAUCUUUAGCAGACUUUUGUGAACAAUGGGUUACCUUUAAGGACCCACAAACUGGCCAAUGUCUUCCUUGCUCACCUUGUCCUGAAGAUCAUUUGACAGUGGUAAAAUGUGAAUUUGAUCGUGACACUUUGUGCAGGCCCCUGACAGACCUGGCCGAACAUAUUGAAUCUGUGGUUCGUAGCAGUAGCAGUGUUACACUGACCAAAAAGAACAACACGAUUGUCAUUGUUGAGCAAAGCACUGUGUUUGAACAUCUGCUUGGAGGAAUAGAAUAUUCACCUGCCUUGUUGGCAGUCUUGUCUCUUGCUGUUUUCGGAUGCAUAUCAUACAUCAUUCUGCAGUCAUUGAAAAGAUGCAGGACAAAUAAGAAGCAGCAACAUGAACUUCAUGACCCUCUACAGGAAAGUCUUCUGGGCCAAGAAGAGCAGGAUGAGAAUGAAAAACCAGUCCUUGAUAUGGACGAGAUGCUUGCGCAGCGUUUCGGGCGAUCUUUAGUCACCAACGUGUAUGUUCCCUAAUUCCACUCAUUUUUCUUUUAUAUAAUCCAAAUUACCUACGUUUUGACCGUUGUCUACACGACCGUUGUUGGAAAAUGUACAGUGCCUUUCUGUAAUGGGAUUACGCCAAUAUAACAAGAUGAAUUGAA